CAAGGAAACGGCCUCAUCCUCCGAUGUCCGUCAUGGAAGCGUCGUUUAAGUACGCUCCUUCAUCCCUCCACCUCGCUCCGCCCCGCCCCUUGUCUCGUUGGCCGCUUCGUCCGUGUCCGUUGAGAUCACGGAGGCUCUUCAACCCUAAGGCUGCGAUCCGCCCUCCUCCUUACGGAUUCGACUACCAGGCGGAGGUGCUACAAGAUUCCCGAUCCGCAGUGACCGCAGCGCACCCGGAGCUAAUGGACCUCGUGGAGGAUGGCUCUCUGGUUCUCAUCGAGAAGGGCAGGUUCGGUCCGGUCCCUAGCUGGAGGUCCGAGUUCGUGGAGCCGGAGGUCAUCUGGCUCAUUGGGACCUCGCACCUCUCGGGGAAGUCAGCAUCGGACGUGGAGCGCGUUGCGAGGGCUGUGAGGCCAGAUAACGUAGUCGUAGAGCUCUGUAGGGGCAGGGCUGGAAUAAUGUAUGCAUCCACUACUGAGGAUGCUUCUCUAAAAUCAAACAUGUUUUCCUUGAGUGGGUCUAAAUUCUUUGGAGCCAUCAGUCGCAGCAUAAAUUUAGUGAAUGCAACUACAGGUGGACAAAGUGCUCUUGCUUUGCGUUUGCUCUUAGCAAUUUUCUCAUCCAAGAUAUCUUCUGGCGCAAAUCGAUCAUUUGGAGACGAGUUCCGUGCUGCUAGGAAGGUUUCUGAAGAUAUUGGUGCUCAAAUUGUUCUGGGUGAUCGUCCAAUUGAGAUUACUCUAGAAAGAGCUUGGAGUUCUCUUAAUUGGAGUGAAAAAUUGAGAUUGGUUAUGUCACUUUUUCGUGGUUUAUCUUCAUCAUCAUCUGAACUUCCUGAAAGUGAUAUGAAGAAUCAGGGUAUGGAUGGUAGUCCCUAUAAGUUGUACGAGUCUCUAAGUGUUUCAUAUCCUUCUCUCCUGCAGCCUCUGGUCCAUGAGCGUGAUACAUAUCUUGCAUGGUCUCUCAAAAGGAGCAAAGCUGUGAACAAGAGCAAGAAAGUACUUGGGGUCAUUGGAAAAGGUCACAUGAAUGGGGUUGUCUUCGCAUUGAUAUCUGAUCAGGGGGAUUUGCGGUUCCGCGACCUUGCUGGUGAAAAAUCAGGUCGGACAUACAAGAAUCGCUGGCAAGCUGAUUUGCUCAGGAGUUUACUCAGGGACACUAUUCUGGGCUUUAUACUUUGGUUACUAUAUGAGCAAUUGAAGACAACAUUAUAGUGCACAUCACUAUCAGAUUUUAAUAACUUCCAUCCUUGAGCUAAGUAUUCUGCUACUAAAUCUAUUUGAUGUGAGUAUUACUAGGCUUAACAAAGUGGGUGUUCAAUCAUUUGUUUUCAUUUCAUAUCAUUAACUGCUAGUGAACUAUUCUGGUGAUCAUCUGAUUGCCAAAAGAAUUUUCAGCAACAGGUUGAGUAUUUUGUAUGAAGUUGAAUCUUUGAAAUGAAUAUAUUGCUUAUAUUUGUUGAUACUGGGAAUUAGACAGGGAAGAAGGGUUAGAUUAAAAAAACAACCAUAGAGAUAUGGUCAAGAUAAAAAAUAUUAACAUUGUAAAAAAUAUAAAUCUUAUAUAUAAAAUGAUUGUUGUUGACAAAAUUGUCUUUAACUUUUGCACUUUUUAUUUUCUGCCAAUAUCUACUUGUCAAAAAAUGGCCAAAUGAGACCACUUAUUUGUAAGUCUAUAAAUAUUCUUGCCCUUGCUGAAAUAUUCAUUGAAGUAUAUUGUUGGUGAUCGAUCAGAAGGAACCUCCUUAAUUAAAUAUCGAUGGCCGGCUGACCACUGAUAAAAGUGGGUCCUUCACUUUUAUUAUAUCAAUGAAGUGAAUUUUGGCUAUUGGAAGAGUUGAAUGAAAUAUUACUUCAUGGUGGAUUUUUUGACUUAUGAACGAUAGUGAAGAAAAAAAAUCAGUGAAGAAGUAAAGGAAAAGUUUCUAGAAAAUUUGAAGUCCAUAAUUACUUUGUAGUAUGGUCUCCCAACGGAAGAAUUAAAUAAGGAGAGACCUUUCCCAAAUGCUAAGGAUUUACGAGGGAAGUUGAUCAAAUUGCAUGAGGACACCUUUGAUUCCAAGAUUGUCAAGAGGGAACUUCUGAUGAAUUAAUUACAAAAUUUCAUGAUGCUAGAUAGAUAAUAGGCAAAUCACCUUCAUGAAGAAUUAAACUAAAAUUCCAAGUAAACCAAGAAAGAGGUUACAUGUGGCCCAAGCGAAAGUUGAAGAGGAUAGUUCACUACCACCAUUAUCACUCUCUUCAUCUCCUGACGUGAUGGAGACAAGGGGAAAAAAAAGACACCGCUUGCAUUAAUUGCCAUAAGGAUGGGCACUUCAAGACUAAUUCGCCUAAGUUGAAGAAAAAAAACAUUGAGGGCAAUAUAGAACGACAUAUCACCCUCCAAA